UCGGCCGUAAGCGAAGCCACGCGUGGUUCCGCAACCCCGCCUUACGCUUUCUUGAGUCACGGCCCUCACGCUUGACGGCACCCCACAGCCUACUAGCGAAAUGACUCGACCUAUGCUCAGCAGAUGACAAUAGCCGGAGAACGUCCUGUGCGCUGCCGGAGGCAUCUAUGUCAUGAGCGAUACAGGGUCUUCUUGCAUACUAUUCCCAAUGUACAUUGUAUACUGCGUUACACAUCCCCCUGACGAUGGAGCUGGCCAUCUCGUCGGCAUCCACGAGCGUCUUUCUCGAUCCUGCGAACGCCAAUGAUGCAGAAGACACCGCACUCGACCAUACUACAACUGGCUUAAGUAUACCAGCCUCCUCUACCCAAGUCACUCUGGUGGUGACACUAACGGUGCCUUCGAGGAGCAAGUCUGCUGAGCAUAUCAGAGAUCUAGUGGUGACCAUCACCGCUAGAGAGUCGCUUUUGUUUGACACAGGCAUCUUUGAGUCGAACAUACCGUAUCAGUCCGUGCAUACUAUCAAAGAGGCGGCGGGUGUACGCGUUGAAGGAGGCAAUGUCUACAAAUGGGAGCUGCCGGUGUUCAUUCCGAGCGAUGCACCUCCUCACGAGCAAUCGCGUCACGGAAGGGUGCACUGGACAGCAACGGCCCAGAUGACUUUCCCUGGGCGUUUCUUCAACAAGACACUGGAGGCAGUCACGACAAUCCGCGUAGUUCAAAUUCCUUCCGAGCAGUCGGCUUUCACUUUCGAGCAUCAGCACGACGCUUUUGCCGAGGGCCUAGGGCCCGUCAAAGCGGCAUUCAUCAGCCGGACCUUCUCCGUGGGAGGUUAUCUGCGCGGGGGUUUGCUACUCGCCGCACCACCGCCAAGGCUCAAGCUACACUCCAUCGUACUCACUCUCAUUCAGACGACACAACUAACUUCUCGCAAGCGAGCAGAUUACGCCGAGACCCAGCGCCCUGAGCGUCACAAUUUCAUGACCCUCAAAGGGGCAGAGCUGGACAACGCAGUCACCCAUAUCGGAGCCUACUGUCGCGCGCGACCUAGUGUUCAGGGCGAGCUCGAGCUUGUGUGGCUCGCUCGUCUUCCCAACGAGGACGACGUAAGGCCCAGCACACUGGAAGGUGGCCGCACAGCCAUGAGCUUCACACAUCAGCUAGAAAUGUCCAUUACAUUCGACGCAGACCCGACUCAGCCGCGGCUGGAUCAGGAUGGCGAGCGUCUACUAUCUCGAUACCGUACGGCUCGACCCGUCUCAAUUUAUAGUUGUGCAGCAGGCUGGGCCAGUGUUAUACUGCCGGAGGUGAGUACGAUGAGUCUGUGCCUGCUACUUUGCGCUGCCGCUCAUGAAGCUAAUGUCGCGCCCUUUGCGUCGCACGCACAGUAUUCCGCCAUUGAGUGUGUUGGUCAAGAAGAGACAAUGGCGCGAUCGGAGAGAACGAAAUACCCCCACUGCGUGUGUGGCAGCCCUUUGAGCGCGAUACUCCGUGACGAAGAUGAAGCAGAAGCCGGCACUGUCUGCACUAGCAUCUUGCUUCGUCAAAGGCUGAGUGGAUCGGAACCACCACAACAGCAAGCAGAGCCCCCGAAGGGUUGACGAAGAAUGGAAGAGUCGAUCUUUCAUCACUCGCAGCCGGCUGCCCGGCCACUCUCCCGAAGACAU